GACCUCGAUGCCUGCGCGACCCAACGCUCCGUCUUCGACGAUCCCAUCCAGGCGCCGCACCACCUGCCGCCGCCCGAGUACGAGAACUUCAAGAACUUCGACGUCAAUCUGCGCUGGACGUGGCGCGAGGAGAAGGCCGUGGUGCGCAUCAUCGACUUUCGUGUGCUGCUCGUCGCCUGCAUUGCGUUUGCCAGCCUCAACCUCGACCGCAACAACCUCAGCGCAGCCAACUCGGCGGGCAUCUUGCCCGACCUCGGCCUCGCGACGAAUGACUUCAACCUCGCCACGACGCUCUUCCGCAUCAGCUUCUUGUGCGCGGAGCUGCCCGGCCAGGUCCUUUCGAAGGCCAUCGGCCCGGACCGCUUCAUCCCGCUGCAGAUGGGCGCAUGGGCGAUCAUCACGCUCUUCCAAUUCUUCCUCACCGGCCGCACCUCCUUCCUGAUCUGCCGCUACCUUUCUUACUACUACAAGAGCAACGAGCUCUACCUGCGCCUCGGCCUCUUCUGGUGCACCAUGAAUCUGACGAGCUUCGUCUCGAGCUUCUUCGCCUACGGCCUCAUCGCCAUGGGCGGCGUCGGCGGCAAGGAGGGCUGGCGCUGGCUGUUCUUCUGGGAGGGCGUCCUGACGCUGCUCAUCGCCAUCGGCGUGGCCUUUGCCAUGCCGCCGUCGCCGUCGCAGACGCAGCGCAAGUGGGACAAGAAGGGCUUCUUCGACGACCGACAGGCGGCGAUCGCCGUCACGCGUGUGCUGCGGGAUGACCCGGGCAAGUCGACGAUGCACAACCGCGAGGCGCUCGGCUGGCAGAACUUGUGGACGUCGCUGCUCGACUACCACAUGUACCCGAUCUGGGUGCACGGCCUGCUCUUCGGCAUUCCCUCGUCGCCCGUGCAGCAGUACCUGACGCUCUCGCUGCGGCGCCUCGGCUUCUCGACGCUCCUGACGCAGGUGCUGAACAGCGUGCAGUACCUCGGCGCCAUGGUCACCGGCAUCGGCAUCGUCGUGCUCUCGGAGCUGCUCGACAGCCGCGCACUCGUCAGCGCCGCCGAGGACCUCUGGAUCCUGCCGUUCCUCGUGGCCAUCUUCAAGCUGCCCAAGAACCCCAAGCCGUGGACGUACUUUGGUCUUGCCACCGUGCUGCUGUCGAACCCCUACGUGCACCCGAUCCAGGCCGCCUGGAUCUCGGCCAACGCCGGCGACGUGGGCAACCGCUCGCUGCAUGCCUCGUACUACAACAUGAUGGUGCAGGCCGGCAGCACCAUUGCCGCCAACGUCUACCGGCAGGACGAUGCGCCCGAGUACAAGCGCGGCAACACGGCGCUCAUCGUCAUCGCCUGCACCAACAUUGCCCUCUACGUCGGCAGCCGCUUCUUCUACAAGACGGUCAACGCGCGCCGCCAGCGCCGGUGGGACGCGAUGAGCGAGGAGGAGCAGAAGCACUACCUCGCCACGACGAGCGACAAGGGCAACAAGCUGCUCACCUUCCGCUUUGCCUACUGA